CACCUUCACCACAUUCAACCAUUUUUUCGAAUAGAAAAUAAACUUACCAAAACAUUUUACAUUAGAGUUUUGGAAUUUGUAUGUACACUGCAAAAUAAAUGUCAAAUGUUGAUGUAUGAACUCAAUCUGCUAUUUUCAUGUCACUUUUAGUUCCUGUAUCUAUUUACAAGACUGUAUGUAGUCUACAUGGUUGUCUUAAGAAUAAUGAGCUGGCUUUAGUUCAAAUGGGAGGAGGCGUUGUGAGGAAAUGAAGAAGACUGAGAAGUUGGACUAUAAAAGACAGGCUUUAGGAGAGUUCACAUCUUCUCUCUAGAGUAAUUCACAUCUCUCAGGGUUGAUUGUUGUUGUCUCUGUUAACAAUGCAGUUUUAUGGAGUUCUGGUCCUGUUGGUGACUCUGUCUACAGCAUGUGGACUGAGAUGCUACGAAUGUAAUGGUGGCAGUAAAUCCUGCGAGCCCAAAACUUGUCUUCCCCUGAUGGACAGUUGUUCAACCACCACAGUGAAUGGUGUCACCAUCAAGAGCUGCAUGUUGAGUAGCACCUGUAUAAGUCCCAUGAAAUGCUGCAAAGAGGACUUGUGUAACAGUGCCAUACCAACUGGUUCCAGUGUCUUCCUCCUGAUGAUAUCCUCAGCCAUCAUCACACUGUUUCUCUGAGGCUCUGGAGAAAACCUAAUCUGUAACUCAGGAAAAAUAAAAAGAAAUUUAUCAUGCAAAAUCUGUGAAUGACUACAGAUAGAGAAUUGCUCAAUAAAACUGCAAUAUGAUUGACUAUUGAAA